AUGGAGGAGAAACACACCUUUAAGAGCUUUGCAAAUGGAAGAGCUUUAACAUCUCACCUCUUCAAUCUCUACCUUCAUUCCAACCCACAUGAAUACCAGAAUCAUCAACAAGAUUUCCAGUCGAAGAACAACACUUUCCGAUCAGUUGACUCUGAAGUUUUGUUCGCCGGAGGUGUUACAGUCACGGUUACACCCAACGCCGCCGUCGCUCGUGGUUCAGUAAGCGAGCCGGAGUCGUCAAGAAACGCCACCGUCCGGAGACGAUCGAAACGGAUUCGGAAACCGGAGAAAUCGAUGAUCGUGAACGAAUCGUCUUUGGUUGAUCCUGACUCAGUGAGUUCAAUCUCCGAUUUCUCACCGGAAGAAGAUGUAGCCUACUGUCUAAUGAUGUUAUCAAGAGAUCGGUGGAUCGAAGAACAUCAAAAACCAGACGACGAAUUCGAUGAUGAAGAGAAAGAAGAUGAAAACGAUUCCGAUACCGAUUCUGAAUCGGAGAGAGAGAUUCUGAACGUGAAACGAACUCCGGCGAGAUCGAAAUACAGAUGCGAUACAUGUAACAAAGUUUUCCGAUCAUAUCAAGCACUUGGUGGGCAUAGAGCGAGUCACAAGAAAAUCAAACUCAGUCACCAUAACAGCAAUCAUCAAACACAAAAUGUUUCCAUGGAAGACAAAAUCCAUGAAUGCCCAGUAUGUUUCAAGGUGUUUGCUUCAGGCCAAGCACUCGGUGGCCAUAAACGAUCACAUUUUACAGCUUCAUCUUCCGCCAUAACUGCAGCUAAACCAGUUACUAAACAAAGGAUUAAUCUGAUUGAUCUUAAUCUCCCUGCUACAAUUGAAGAUGAUGACGUUAGUCAAAUUGAGGUUUCUGCGGUUUCUGAUGGUGAGUUCGUCAAACCCCAUUAA